UGUUCCAUCAUCGCAUCAUCCAUGACGUGUCUUCUCUUCGAAACCCCGUCGCCAGAUCGCAUCCAGAACCGCCAUUUCUUCCAUUAUUUAUACAUUCAUUCAUCCAUCCAUCCGUGUUGUUAAUUGUGGGUUCCAAAUUAUCCACGCAUGGCCAAAUCUCCUUUUCACUUCCAACGACUUUGGGAGGAUUCUUACGCCAAAAACUGCACCUCGGCUGCUUCUCGGUAACUCUUAUUAUAAUUCUACCAGUCGGAAACAGGAUUAUCAAUUUCAGUUUCUGUACUGAUGCUAUGUUCGAUCGAUGCAGCUUUUCUAGGGUUGCUUUGUUUUUGUUCAUGAAUUUUACUUUAAACUCCGAUUUAUUACCUCAUUUCAUGAUUCAAACCGAUUUGAGAAACAAUUUCGUGUUAUUGCUUCGAUUCCUUGCUUAAAUUCACGAAGAAUUUUUGUAUGCUGGUGUUUAACUUCGUACGGAGUAUCUGUUUUGUUGCUCGUUAGGCUCUUAAUUCGCAUACGUACUGAUUCGAUGUUUUGGGGAUUUUUGUCAGAUUAGAAUUGUGUUUGUAACUGAUUUGAGUUCAAAUUAGGGCGACAUUGUACGAUUUGAUCUGAGGUUUUUGAAAAUUUCUAAAAAUUUCUGUAGUUUGGAGACUGUAGUUUUGAACAACCUUCAGGCCUCUGUUCUAAGCUGCUAUGGAUUUGAUUUCAAAUUUGGGCGACAUUGUUGUGGAUAUGAUCUGAAGUUUUCGAAAAUUUUCAGUAGUUUGGAGACUGUAGUUUAGAACAACCUCUAGGCCUCUGUUCUAAGCUGCUAUGGAUUUGAUCUGAAGUUUUCGAAAGUUUCGCAAAAUUUCAGUAGUUUGGAGAAGACUGUAGUUUAGAACAACCUUUAGGCCUCUGUUCUAAGCUGCUAAACAUGGCUAUGGCUUCCACUGAGAAACUGGUCCUCGGCUCGGUAGCUUUUGCGAUCUUUUGGGUGCUCGCAGUGUUCCCGGCCGUGCCAUUUAUGCCGAUUGGGCGAACUGCAGGUUCGCUGCUCGGUGCCAUGCUUAUGGUGGUCUUCCAAGUUAUUACACCUGAUCAAGCAUACGAUGCCAUUGAUCUUCCCAUCCUAGGACUACUCUUCGCCACAAUGGUUGUUAGCGUCUAUCUAGAACGCGCCGAUAUGUUCAAAUAUUUAGGUACAUUGUUGUCAUGGAGAAGCCGAGGGCCACGGGAUUUGCUCUGCCGGAUAUGCCUGAUUUCCGCUGUCUCCAGCGCGCUUUUCACCAACGACACAUCGUGUGUCGUUCUGACCGAGUUCGUUUUGAAGAUUGCUCGGCAGCAGAACCUUCCGCCGCACCCGUUUCUGCUGGCGCUGGCGUCGAGCGCCAACAUUGGAUCGUCGGCGACGCCGAUCGGGAACCCGCAGAACUUGGUGAUCGCGGUUCAGAGCAAGAUUAGUUUCGGGGGAUUCUUGAUCGGUAUUCUCCCCGCGAUGCUCGUCGGCGUGCUCGUCAAUGCUUUGAUCCUUUUGUGCAUGUUUUGGAAGCUGUUGUCGGAUCGGAAGGAUGAAGAGGACGCCGCCGCCGAGGUCGUAGGCGACGAGGACGUUGUGUCGCACCAGUUUUCGCCUGCGACGAUGUCGCACGUGAAUUCGCAAGAAAUUAACGGGGCAUUGGAAUUGACGAGCAUCCACAGCUCGCCUAGCAUCAAUGGCUGCGAAAAUCAUGCGGAGCCGACGCUACGAAACCGUGGUAAUUCGACGGAUAGUUUUGGUUUCGAACGAGCGAUGGGCGGCGACGAGAUUGAGAAGGAUGUUAGCGUAGGGUUCGAAUCAGCCCGAAAUUCGAUAGCUUCGAAAGAAAGUUUGGGAUCGAAAAUGGCUUCGCCUACGAACGGGAUCGCGCAUCUCGAUAAGGUCGAACUUGACAAAGAAAACCUUCGAUUUUCGAAGAAAUGGAGCAACGUCGCGUGGAAGACGUGCGUGUAUCUUGUUACUGGAGGAAUGCUCGUCGGGUUGUUGAUGGGCCUUAACAUGUCGUGGACGGCUCUCACAGCUGCGCUCGCGCUUAUGGUUCUCGAUUUUAAAGACGCGAGGCCUUGUUUAGAAAAGGUAUCGUAUUCGCUCCUCAUAUUCUUUUGCGGCAUGUUCAUCACGGUGGACGGCUUCAAUGAAACCGGCAUCCCGAGCACGUUGUGGGAUUUGAUGGAGCCCUAUGCGAAGAUAGAUCGCGUCACCGGAACUAUACUUUUAGCCGUCGUUAUAAUUGUCCUCUCGAACUUGGCUUCUAACGUACCAACAGUAUUGCUUCUAGGUGCUCGUGUGGCUGCAUCGGCGGCGGCAAUAUCUCCAGCGAGCGAGAAGAAGGCGUGGCUGAUACUAGCAUGGGUGAGCACGGUGGCGGGGAACUUAUCGCUGCUCGGAUCAGCGGCUAAUCUGAUUGUGUGCGAGCAGGCGCGCCGAGCUAAACACUACAGCUACAACCUGUCGUUCUGGAGCCACCUCAAGUUUGGAGUUCCGUCGACGAUCGUCGUCACCGCCGUCGGGCUUGCCCUGGUAAGAGGGUAGAAAUAUGCAGUGUUUCAUUUGCUGUUUUUUCUGGAAAUUACGAACUUGUAAUGAUAUGUGCAAGUUUUUAGAGGGUGUGUAUGUAAAUGUAGGGUUGUACCGCAAAUUGAAUAAUAAAAACAGUUGGGGGGUAUAGGUAA